UCCAAGGGUAGUUGUGGUGUCUUCUCCAGAUGCGGAUCAAGUGUGUCAAGCGAGUAAUUUCCCUGAUUUUCUCACAUUGAUAAAACCUUUCGGUGAACGCAUUGAAGGAAAAGUGUCCACCAAAGAUUCUCAGGGUGCUUCGAAUCCUAUAGAAAACUUUACAAUUCGAUUUGUUAAUUUAACAAGACUAGAACAGCCUGACGUUCAGCUCACUUCUCAAAUUCUCGCGAAUAGAGUCAAGCAUGUUAAUAAUUCUCUCUUGACGGAUGAAUUAACCCCCAUCAAAACGAAAUCUGAUGUAGCUGAGAGGUAUUUGGAAGUAAAUCAAGAUGAAUUAACUCCAUGGUACGCAGAAUAUAGGCAAUGGUUCUUCAGAUUUACUGGCAUUUCCGAACACGAAACCUUUGAACAUCCUGUAGCCUGUAUUCUCGCCAUAAGUUCGUCAAAUGUGAAUCCUAUCGAUACGCUUCGUCAGAUGUGUAAUAUCACUUCUCUUGCUCCUAUAUUUGAAAAAGGGUUUAUGGACCCCAAUAUUUUGAAAUGCUACGUUCUUUUACAUGAUAAUCAUAAAGUUAACAUGGAACACUCUGAAACGAUCUACGAAGAGAUGAAACGCACAUUUAAACAAGACUGCUACUUUUUAAAGCUAAAUUCUAUCCCUCCUACAUUACUUUCGGAAGAUAAUGAUCCUUUCUCUAUUCCUACUUCUCCUCCGUCAACAACAAUUCGCGGUGCAACGAAAGAUAUCUGGUCUCCUUAUGUUUUGGAAUCCAACGUUCUCGAUGCAAUGUUUGCGACUACACCUCCGACUCCGUCUACUUUCUUGGAAUCUCACUCACGCCAAAGUUCUUUAACUUCACUCUCAAAUUAUUCGCAUCCACUUUCUCCCACUAUUUCAGCUCUAAAUUCUCCAACGUCAUCAUUUAUUGAAGAUUCUACAUUUAACAAAGAGAACAUGAAUUCCGAUUUGCAAAGUGCACUUGAUCCGGGUUUAGUUGGCAAUUUGUCACUUCCUGAUGUUUUGUAUGGGCAAUACCUUAAUGAAGAUGAUAUCUCUGGUAUUCAUGUUUUUAUACGAGAUUUGGUAGACAAAAGUAUUAUACCAUACAUGGAGAAAAAUAUUUGGCAAUGGAAUGAACAGGUCGCAUCAUCAAGACGUGGAAUUACUGGUC